AUGUCUAAAGUUGAAACUCAUGAAUUCACCGCUGAGAUUACUCAGUUAAUGUCCUUGAUCAUUAACACUGUUUAUUCUAACAAAGAAAUUUUCUUAAGAGAAUUAAUCUCCAAUGCUUCAGAUGCUUUGGAUAAAAUUAGAUAUGAAGCUUUAAGUGAACCAAGUAAAUUAGAAAGUGAACCAGAAUUAUUCAUCAGAAUUACUCCAAGACCAGAAGAAAAAGUUUUAGAAAUCAGAGAUUCCGGUAUUGGUUUAACUAAAGCUGAUUUAAUCAACAAUUUAGGUACUAUUGCUAAAUCAGGUACUAAAGCUUUUAUGGAAGCUUUAUCAGCUGGUGCUGAUGUUACCAUGAUUGGUCAAUUCGGGGUUGGUUUCUACUCACUUUUCUUAGUUGCUGAUCAUGUUCAAGUUAUUACUAAACAUAAUGAUGAUGAACAAUACAUUUGGGAAUCAAAUGCUGGUGGUAAAUUCACCAUCACUUUAGAUGAUUCAAAUGAAAAAAUCACCAGAGGUACUGUUAUCAGAUUAUUCUUAAAAGAUGAUCAAUUAGAAUACUUGGAAGAAAAGAGAAUUAAAGAAGUUGUUAAAAGACACUCUGAAUUCGUUUCUUACCCAAUUCAAUUAGUUGUCACUAAAGAAGUUGAAAAAGAAGUUCCUUCUGAAGAAGAAGAAAAAUCUGAAGAUUCUGAAGAUAAAAAACCAAAAUUAGAAGAAGUUGAAGAUGAAGAAGGUGAAAAAGAAGAAAAAAAGAAAACCAUCAAAGAACAAGUUACUGAAACUGAAGAAUUAAACAAAACUAAACCUUUAUGGACUAGAAAUCCUUCAGAUGUUACUCAAGAUGAAUAUAAUGCAUUCUAUAAAUCAAUCUCCAAUGAUUGGGAAGAUCCAUUAGCUGUUAAACAUUUCUCAGUUGAAGGUCAAUUAGAAUUCAGAGCUAUUUUAUUCAUUCCAAAGAGACCACCAUUUGAUGCUUUCGAAUCAAAGAAAAAGAAAAAUAAUAUCAAAUUAUACGUCAGAAGAGUUUUCAUUACUGAUGAUGCUGAAGAUUUAAUCCCAGAAUGGUUAAGUUUCGUUAAAGGGGUUGUUGAUUCAGAAGAUUUACCAUUAAACUUAUCAAGAGAAGUUUUACAACAAAACAAAAUCUUAAAAGUUAUUAAGAAAAAUAUUGUUAAAAAAUUAAUUGAAACUUUCAAUGAAAUUGCUGAAGAUGCUGAACAAUUUGAUAAAUUUUACAGUGCUUUCUCCAAGAAUAUUAAAUUAGGUAUUCAUGAAGAUCAACAAAACAGAGCUGCUUUAUCUAAAUUAUUAAGAUACAACUCAACUAAAUCAGCUGAUGAAUUAACUUCAUUAACUGAUUAUGUUACCAGAAUGCCAGAACAUCAAAAGAAUAUUUAUUUCAUAACUGGUGAAUCAAUUAAAUCAAUUGAAAAAUCUCCAUUCUUAGAUGCUUUGAAAGCUAAAGAUUUUGAAGUUUUAUUCUUGGUUGAUCCAAUUGAUGAAUAUGCUAUGACUCAAUUAAAAGAAUUCGAAGAUAAAAAAUUAGUUGAUAUUACUAAAGAUUUCGAAUUAGAAGAAACUGAAGAAGAAAAAGUUCAAAGAGAAACUGAAGCUAAAGAAUUUGAAGAUUUAACUAAAGCCUUAAAAGAUAUCUUAGGUGAACAAGUUGAAAAAGUUGUUGUUUCUCAUAAAUUAGUUGAUGCUCCAGCUGCUAUUAGAACUGGUCAAUUCGGUUGGUCUGCUAAUAUGGAAAGAAUCAUGAAAGCUCAAGCUUUAAGAGAUACUUCUAUGUCAGCUUACAUGUCAUCUAAGAAAACUUUUGAAAUUUCUCCAAAAUCUCCAAUUAUUAAAGAAUUAAAGAAAAAAGUUGAAACUGAUGGUGCUGAAGAUAAAACCGUUAAAGAUUUAACCACUUUAUUAUAUGAAACCGCUUUAUUAACUUCCGGUUUCUCCUUAGACGAACCAUCAUCUUUUGCUUCAAGAAUUAAUAGAUUAAUUUCAUUAGGUUUAAAUAUCGAUGAAGAUGAAGUUGAAGAUGUUACCGCUACUACAACCACUUCAACCACUGAAGAACCAGUUGAAUCUGCUAUGGAAGAAGUUGAUUAG